AUGGGCCAAGGAGAAUGGGCCACCAAAAAUGACAAAAUCUUGCAGUAUGCGAACUUGGCACAAAGGUUGUGUAAAAUGUUCACAAAGAUUGAAUUCAGGCAUACUCUAAGAGAUCAGAACGAGUUUGCCGAUGCGUUGACCAAGAUAGCAUCAAUGAUUCAGCAUCCUGAAAGCAGUCACAUUGACCCUCUGCAGAUAAGCCUGAAGGAAGAGCAUGCCUAUAAUUCCCUCAUGGAAGUAGAGCCAGAUGGAAAACCAUGGUACAACGACAUCAAGAUGUAUUUGGAGAAACGAGAUUAUCCCGAAGGUAUCACAAGUGGGCAAAAGAAAACCGUCAGAAGAAUGGCCAACAGUUUCUUCCUGAACAAGGAAAUACUAUACAAACGGACAUCGUACUUGGGUUUGCUCUGA